AUGCCAGAAGGUACGCUUGAAGUUAUUGUUGUCGAAGGCCGGGAAUUAAAAGAUCGUGAUAUUGUCGGCCAAAAUGAUGCCUACAUCGAAAUCUAUACGGAGAAGAAUUUACAUUCAUUAAAUAUUGUUAUUCUAGCUGAUUCUAAUGCAAAACACGAUGAUUUACGACAUUUUACAAUAAAGUCAAAAGGUGAUCAACAUUUAGCUUAG